AACACUGCGUCACUUCCUUCAGUUGACUUUCGGCAUCUGCUGGAUAGCUCCUUUUGGCCAAAAUGGGUUUGAUCACCGGAGUCUGCGCUUUCUUAUACCACCUGCCCCAGAUUUACAAAUGGCUGCUGAAACCCUAUUACAUCACCUCCUUCUUCAUGACUAUCGCCUUCUUGGUUGUCCGAAAGACUCCUGGUUUGUGCGAGCACCUUGCGACGCAGCGUGAAGACGGCAACUCAUGCGACUUCGACUGGAGAGAAGUGGAGAUUCUCAUGUUCCUCAGUGCCAUAGUGAUGAUGAAAAACAGAAGAGCAAUCACCUUGGAGCAGCACAUUGGCAACUUGUUCCUGUUCAGCAAAGUGGCCAACGCCAUUCUCUUUUUCCGGCUAGACAUUCGCCUCGGCAUCCUCUACCUCGCAUUGUGUGUUGCAUUUGUCAUGACUUGCAAGCCUCCUCUAUAUGUGGGCCCCGAGUACAUCAAGUACUUCAAUGAUAAGACCAUUGAUGAGGAGCUGCAGAAAGACAGUCGUGUCACCUGGAUUGUUGAAUUCUACGCCAACUGGUCGUCUGACUGCCAGUCCUUCGCACCGGUUUAUGCUGACCUUUCGCUCAAGUACAACUGUGCUGGUCUGAGGUUUGGGAAGGUGGAUGUUGGGCGUUACGGAGAGGUUUCACAGAGGUACAAAGUGAGCACAUCCCCGCUGUCCAAACAGCUUCCUUCACUGGUGCUAUUUCAAGGUGGGCAGGAAGUUAUGAGGCGUCCAGCAGUAGACAGUAAAGGCCGAGCUAUUUCAUGGACUUUCAAUGAGGAGAACAUCAUCAGAGAGUUUGAUCUCAACGAGCGCUUCCAGAAGUCCAAGAAAUUGAACAAGAGUCGUGCUUUGAAGGAAGAGAAGCAACAGAACUCCCAUCAAGAGGAGGCAGAGCCUGAUGCGGACACUCAGGAGCAAAGCUCAGAGAGCAAGAAAGACAAGUGAAUAUUGGAAAGUGUGGUUCGCAGAUGUACUGUAUGUUUUUUUCUUAAAAUGACCUGCCUUCCAGUAUUUUUUUAAUCCCUAAUAAUGUAGAAUGCUUCAGAUUUUACUAAGUGAAAAAAAAGUGGGUCAGUGCACUGGUCUGUUUUUGGAGCGAAGUUGAUAGCCUAAUUGUGGCCAUGCAAAAUAUUAGGCAAUGGUCGAGGGAAAUUUGAUCAACGUAAUUUUUUUUUUUUGAAUAUUUUUUGGCUGCGUAACAUUUCUCUCCUGUGUACAGUUGUGGAACUUGUGUUUACUAAUGUCCCAUCACUCAAAAGCAAAUUAAAACAUGCAUAGUUAAACUUGUCACACUUUGCGUUUCAUCAGUUUGACCUUUUAUUCUGAGAAGACAUCUUCAAAAAAAUCUUGAUAAGGCCAUUUUGGAGUCUUCAAUGUGUUACAGGUAUUUGUGAAACUUGUUCCAAUCCCACAUGAGCAAUAUUUAUUCUCACAAGUAUUGUCAACAUACUGUACUCACACAGGUUUGAAUUGUUCAGCGGAAGGAAAGUAACACAGGUUUGCUAAUCUCUUUUUCAGCUGCUUGUGCCAUUUCUGCUGACUUCAUUGUGAUCCUGGGGAAGGGGUCCCAAAAAAAAGUGAAAUUUGCACACCGGGGAAACAAUCAGCAUAAACAUGCAUGAAGAAGACACGGCCUGGCAGAAGUGAGAAUGUCAAACAGUCCGCGUUAAAGGAAAAAGUACAUUUUUCUCAAAGACGCGCUGAACUUAAUCAAAUCCUUGAUUGGGUAAAAAAAUAUAUAUGCCCAAUUCAAACAAAUAUGAACAGACAAAACCCAUAUUUUUUCCCCUUUAUGUGGUUGUCACCAUUGAAUAUUUUUAGAAUCUUUUAUCAAUGUAGCAAAUACAAUUUUAUUUUGGAAUUCAUAUGUACUAUAAACCAAUUUUUCACACACAAGAGGGGGACUGAUGUUGUCGCCAAUCUUUUUGAAAUCGCUUCAGGUAUUUGUUCAGUCAUUGCUUUCCAAAGUAAAUGAUGCUUCUUUUGAUUAAACAGACAUCACAGAAACAUUACUGUUGGCAGAAUGAAAUCUGAAAAUGUGAAAAAUACCAAGUUAGGCAAUGGCUCUAAAUUUUUACAACUGUUCAAAUGGUUGUGGGUUAAUUUGAUAACUGAUUAAUUAUGGAACCUCUUGGCUGUUUUUGCUGGGGUUUGAAGUCACUUGUACCUAAUAGACAUGUCUGAAUGUGAAGCGCCCCA